CUAAACCAGAGUACAAACCUCCAAACUUUAUACGUUGGUUGGACUUCUUCUUUAUUGAUAUGGCUACUGUUUUGGCGUACUGGGACAUCAGAGGGCUUGCUCAACCAAUUCGUUUACUUCUAAACUAUGUUGGAGAAGAAUUUGAAGACAGGAAAUAUGCUUGUGGUCCAGCCAAGACUAUCGAGGCUUUUAGUGAUUUUCUUGGCGAGAAGAACUAUCUUGCUGGGGACAAGAUAACCUUUGUUGACUUUGUCAUGUAUGAACUGCUUGACCAGCACAAAGUCUUUGAUGCGUCUUUACUUGAACCUCACAAAAACCUUCAGGCAUUCAUGGAGCGAAUUGAGGCAUUACCAAAAAUAGCAGAAUACAUGAAAAGUGACAAGUUCAUGACGCGACCUAUCAACAAUCCCAUGGCGGUGUUCAAAUAGCUAACACGAUAAUACUGUAGUUCGGACCAUAUAUACCAUAUAUUCCAUAUUCACCGGUUGUAUCUGUAGGAUAGUCAUCUCUGAAAGUGUGAUGAGCAAACUGUGCAUUGAACAACAAUCAUUAGUAAAAUAGAAUCUGUAUGGAUAGUAGUAUCGCUG